AUGGCAGUAGCGCUUGCUGAAUUAAUUUACAAAUACCGGCAUAACCGGAAGAUGUUAUUAUUCAUUGUGUACAUUGCUUUAUUUUUGGAUAAUAUGCUUCUCACUACCGUUGUACCAAUAAUACCAGAAUAUCUUUUACGAUUAUCACAUCCAAAUUCAACAGAUUUACUGCUAUACAAUAAAAUACCGAUAACAGCGCAUUCAAGAGGCAAACGUGCUGCUUUUACGGAAAAUGAAAAAGGGACACAGGAAACGGGGAAUGAACAACAACCGUUCAUUUGGGAUGAUGCUUGGGAAAUUCCAAUGGAUAUGCAUGUAGCAACAGAAUGGCAAAAAAGUCCACUAAAUCCAUUUCGUAAAAACAAAAUUUUAAGGAAAAAACCAUCCGAGAAAGGUAAAACUUCUGGGACAGUUGUGCAUAUGGAAACAAUAACAACAGAAGCAUCUAUUACAAAUGAAAAUACAAAAUUGGAUCAAAGAGUUAUGCCAAAUACUGCGGAAGAAAUAAGACGACACAAUACUUUAGCCGAAGAAAAUGUUUACGUGGGAUUGAUGUUUGGAUCAAAAGCACUUGUACAACUGUUAACAAAUCCAUGGAUUGGUCCUCUUACAAAUAAAAUUGGCUACACAGUGCCAAUGUUUACUGGCUUUUGUGUUAUGUUUUUAUCAACCGUAAUGUUUACAUUUGGCACAUCCUUCGCUGUACUUUGGCUUGCUCGUGCUUUACAAGGUGUUGGAUCUGCAUGUACAAGCACUUCAGGAAUGGGAAUGCUUGCGCAAGCUUAUCCAAACGAUGAAGAACGCGGUAGUGCUAUGGGUAUAGCAUUAGGCGGUCUGGCACUUGGUCUACUUGUUGGACCACCAUAUGGUGGAGUUUUAUACCAGUGGUCAGGCAAGGAGUUACCAUUCCUACUCCUUGCGCUAUUAGCUCUAUUUGACGGCUCCCUGCAAUUUUUGGUGCUACAACCGCGAAUAGAUCGUGGUGAACCGGAAGGGACUGGCUUGAAAGAACUUGCAACUGAUCCAUAUAUUAUUGUUGCUGCUGGAUCAAUAACAGUCGGAAAUCUUGGGAUAGCUAUGCUGGAACCAUCGUUACCAUUAUGGAUGAUGGAGUCUUGGCAAGCUAGUUCAUUUGAACGUGGUAUAGCUUUUCUUCCAGCUAGUAUGUCUUACCUUAUUGGCACGAAUAUAUUUGGACCAUUGGCACAUAAAAUCGGACGUUGGUUGAGCAGUUUUCUUGGCCUCAUGAUAAUCGGCGUUUGCUUAAUUGCUAUUCCAAGAGCUCAAGGAGUUGGUGGAUUGAUGGUGCCAAAUUUUUUCAUGGGCUUCUCGAUUGGUAUGAUUGACGCAUCGAUGUUUCCUUUGAUGGGUCAUCUGGUGGAUAUACGUCACGUCGGUGUUUAUGGAUCAAUAUAUGCAAUUGCAGAUGCAGCAUUUUGCUUUGCCUUUGCUUUGGGCCCGUUUUUUUCCGGUCCUCUGGUCCGUUCAGUCGGAUUCGCUUCAAUGCUUCGUAUAAUUGCAGUGAUAAACUUCCUGUAUGCUCCUCUGAUGCUAUUUUUGCGUAAUCCGCCAGCAACAAAUAAAAUCAACGAAGUCAUGAUAGAACAAGUAAAGACAAAAAAAUAUGCAAAUGAUGUGUAUGAACAAAUUGAUGGUGCUACUGACCUAGCACAUCCUGAAAUACGAUUGUUCGAAGGCUAUCAUUACUGAUUUCUGCUGUUGAUAUGUUGCUAUCGAAUUUGAUGAAUGAAUAUUUCUUGUAAUGAUAAUUGUUAGAUUUCGGAUAAAAUCGAUUCAUAGCUAAUCAUUUCUAAUAUUC